CUCUGGAGUAGGCAUCAGUUUCAAUUGCGAACUGCCUAACGCUACAUAACCAACAUGAAAUUCCUCAUCGUUCUUGCUAUCAUCGCCCUUGUGGCUCCCAUCUACGGCCAGGAAGCCGAAGAAAAGAAGCUCGAGAAAAGAGGCAUCAGUCUUGGAUUGCAUUCUGCAGGCAUAGGAUCUGGAGGAGGACUGGGAGGCGGUUAUUCCUCAUACAGUGCACCGAUAGUUCGUGUUUCCAGCGGAUAUGGUGGUGGAUAUGGUGGACAUGGACUCGGCGGAUACGGUGGAGGACUUUCUGGAGGACUUUCUGGAGGACUUUCUGGAGGACUUUCUGGAGGACACGGUGGCUGGUGAAGAAGGCAAUAUUAAUCGGUGCUAACACGCAUUGAUACAGUUCUAAACUUUGUCUGGAAAUAUUAUAUUUUACAUUUUCUACAUUUUCUACUGCUCAAAUGAGGUUUUGUACUGAUAUCUUAAAUAAAUUUUGAUACCUUUUAA